AUGUUAGAACUUAAAUAAAAUCUUACUCUUAAUGAUUUAGGUGCAGAAUAAGCCUUUUGGUUGAGUGAAAAGAAAGAUCCUUAUUCUGAAGUUAUUCUAUAAUUAAAUUAUAUUUAUAAAUAAAUAUGUCCUGUAAGAAAGUUUGAACUUAUUGGAAAAUUAAAAUAUACAAUAUGUAAAGUAAUAAUGCAAUAAAUUAUAAGUGUUUAGAUGAAUAUUAUAGUGAACAUCCUAUGAAAAAUAAGAAACAAUUGUAAGUUGAUAGUGAUCACUUUUUAAUUAUUUUGAUUUACACUUUGAUUCGAUAAAAUUAACCUUUAUUUUUGAUUCAUCUUAAAUUCAUACAAUUUACUAUGUCAAAUGAAAUAGGUAAAUGAAUCAAUUUUAUUAUUCUAUUUAGAAAUAGAUAGAGGUUAGAAUUCUUGGGUUUUUGUUAGCCUCAUUGCUGCUGUUACUUAGAUUUAAGAAAAAGAUAUUUGCAGAGAUAAUCUAUAAAAUUGUUUAGAAACAGUUAUUUAAAGUUAAUUCAUAAUAGAAGGAAUAUGA